CUGACGCCUACGCGAGCGUCACUGGCGCGUGCUAUAGACGUAGUGCGGGUGGCCGAUUGGAAGAGGCUUUCUUUGUGCAGUUUGUUCCUUCGAGUAAUAACGUGAGCUCUGAUAAAUGGACCGGGCGUCGAAGCGGAGGCAGGUGAAGCCGCUGGCGGCCUCCCUGCUGGAUGCCCUGGACUACGACAGCUCGGACGACAGCGACUUCGAAGUGGGAGACGCCUCAGGCUCAGAAGGCAGUGGCAAUGGGAGCGAUGAGGACGGGUCCAAAGAGAGUGCAGCUGGUUCUGACAGUGACUCGGACGCCAUUGUCUCUGGGGAGGAGGAGGCCAUGGAGGAGGAUGAAGCGAAGGACUUGACAGAGAAUGGGAGCACAGUGGAGGAGCAGGAGCAGGACAAGGAGCAGCAGGAGCAGUUGGACGGUGGAACCAAAGAGGACGAGAUAUCCAAGGUCAAGAAGCGGAGUGACAAGGCCUCCGAUGGGGAGGCUAGUGGAAGUGGGGAGGCACCCGGGGGCAGCAUGGGAGCAACAGAGGGAGGCGGGAGCGCGGAGGAGCACCCUGCCGAACCCAAGAAAUGGAACCUGCGGCGCAAUCGGCCCAUGCUGGACUUCACCACCAUGGAGGAGCUGAACGAGAUGGACGACUAUGACAGCGAGGACGACAACGACUGGAGGCCGAAGGCGGGGAAGAAGCGCAGCAAGUCAGCAGCCCAGAAGGCAGGCAGCGAGGAGGAGGACGACGACGGCAGCGAGGAGGAGGACGACGAUGACUUUGAUGAGGAGAUCGACGGUGAAGACCACGGCAGCAGCGGGAGCGACAAGGAGGAGAAGAAGUCCAAGCGUAAGGCGGCCAAGUCCACCGCCUCCUACGACGAGGAGCUGACCAAUGACAGCCUGAGCCUGUCCCAGGGCAAGAAUAACGAGGAUUCCCUGCUAGACAGAACGCAAACCUGGAGCUCCCAAAGGAUGGAGCACAUCCUGAUCUGCUGCGUCUGCUUGGGGGACAACAGCGAGGAUGCCGACGAGAUCAUCCAGUGCGACAACUGCGGGGUGACUGUGCACGAAGGUUGCUACGGCGUGGAUGGGGAGAGUGACUCCAUCAUGAGCUCCGCCUCCGAGAACUCCACGGAACCGUGGUUCUGCGACGCCUGCAAGAACGGGGUCACACCCAGCUGCGAGCUCUGCCCCAAUCAGGAUGGGAUCUUCAAGGAGACGGAUGCAGGCAGGUGGGUCCAUGUGGUCUGCGCUCUGUAUGUCCCCGGUGUGGCAUUUGGUGACAUCGACAAGCUGCGCCCGGUGACCCUCACUGAGAUGAACUAUUCGAAGUACGGAGCCAAGGAAUGCAGCUUCUGCGAGGAUGCCCGCUUCGCCCGCACGGGCGUCUGCAUCAGCUGUGACGCUGGCAUGUGCCGUUCCUACUUCCACGUGACUUGUGCGCAGCGCGAGGGCCUGUUGUCCGAAGCCGCUGCAGAGGAGGACAUAGCGGACCCAUUUUUCGCCUACUGCAAGCAGCACGCCGACCGCUUCGACAGGAAGUGGAAGAGGAAGAACUACCUGGCACUGCAGUCGUACUGCAAAAUGUCCCUGCAGGAGCGGGAGAAGCAGCUGACGCCCGAGGCCCAGGCCCGCAUCAGCACCCGUCUGCAGCAAUACCGGGCCAAGGCGGAGCUGUCCCGGAACACACGGCCACAAGCAUGGGUCCCCCGCGAAAAGUUACCCCGGCCCCUGACCUCCAGCGCCUCGGCCAUCCGCAAGCUGAUGCGCAAAGCUGAGCUCAUGGGCAUCAGCACGGACAUCUUCCCCGUGGACACCUCGGACACGAGCGCCAGCGUGGAUGGCCGCCGCAAGCACAAGCAGCCGGCCCUCACCGCCGACUUUGUCAACUACUACCUGGAGCGGAACAUGCGGAUGAUCCAGAUCCAGGACAACAUCGCCGAGCAGAAGAACCUGAAGGACAAGCUGGAGGGCGAACAGGACAAGCUGCACGUGGAAUACAACAAGCUCUGUGAGACGUUGGAGGAGCUGCAGAAUAUCAACGGCGUGCUGAGGAGUGAGGGCCAGGCCGUGUGGGGCCUGCUGGGUGGGAUCCUGGGCCAGAAGCUGAAUGCUCCGGCCAUCCUGAAGGCCCCCAAGGAGAGGAAGCCAAGCAAGAAGGGGGGGGCUGCUCCUGGAAAAUCAUGCAACCUCCCUGCCAUCCUGUACAGUUGUGGCAUCUGUAAGAAGAACCAGGAUCAACACCUGCUUUUGCUGUGUGACACCUGCAAACUGUACUAUCACCUGGGCUGUCUGGACCCCCCCCUCACCCGCAUGCCCAAGAAGACCAAGAACAGCUACUGGCAAUGCUCGGAGUGCGACCAGGCGAGCAGCGAUGAGGCCGACAUCGCCAUGGAGACGCUGCCCGACGGCACCAAGAGGUCCAGGCGACAGAUCAAGGGCCCCAUCAAGUUCAUCCCACAGGACGUGUCCCCUGAGCCCAAAAAGAUCCAAGUGAGAAACACGAGAACCAGAGGCCAGAAGCGAAAGCGUGUUUCCCUGUGCGAGGAAGAGAAGAUCGAGGAACCGGUUCCACGGGAGCGACGACAACGGCAGCCGGCCUUGCAGAAGAAGCCCAAGGCAGAUGACACCAGGACCGAGUGCGUCAGCUGCAAAGGACCCGGCGACAACGAGAACCUGGUGAGGUUUUGAGAGCUGGGCCACCCACCUCCCCUAAAAAGCCCACCUGCUCUGGACUGAUGACCAUUGGCUUAGAGAGGCAAAUUUGAAUCGUUUGAAGAAUCUCGGUAGGUGGGGCGGGAGUCCCAGAUCACAAUCAUCAGCCCUGACCAUCUGCUGACCCAAACCAGACCCCGCCAUGGACUCUGUCAUGGCUCACAAACAGUCCUAUGAAAAUCGUGAGACAAGGGGAACGGGGAACGAAAAAGAGAGAAAAACGCACAGAUAACGAUCAGCUAACGUGAGGUGGCAGGUUUAUGGAGCCGUGGCCAGUUGGUAGUUCUCUGCGAUCAUCUCCAAGAAAGGAGGGGAUUCUUUUUUCGGGCACAUUGGCAAGGACUUUUUUUUCUGUUCGUCACUGAGGACUAGUUUGCCAUCAGCGUUUUGGUGGCACGGAGUUGGGACUAGUUUCUGAAUGGAUGGCGGCUUCCUCUGCCAACUGACUCUGCGCCUUUUCUCCCGGACGUCUGUGCCUCUCCCGAAUUUCCUGAGGCCAAAUGACUGAUUCCUCUCCUCUGCCCACAUCCAUCUCCACCCACAGGAAUCGCGUUCGUUCCACACGACCGACCCACGUUAGAUAGGAUGGGAGGGAGGGGGCGACUUUCUCGGCAUUACGGUUGUCUGAGGGCCAGACUCGUAGAAGUCCAUCGGGGCUCGUGGACCUUCUCGCUCGUGACGGUCUGCCACCGCUUUCUGGAGUCCCACAAACUGCUUGUCAGAGGAUCCGAUCGAUGUUAUUGACUGGAGUGAUGCAUUCAAAGUAAUAUGCAGGUUUUUUUGUUUUUUUUUUCGUUUGAAUGCCAGUCACACUUGAUCAUCGGCCGCAUGUCCGCCGCAUGCACACCUCUGCAUUUUGAAGCUUCGGUGGACUGUGACCAAACCCCACCCCCCCCCCCCACCAACAUUCUUGGCAUGUAUAGGAACGAUAAUGAGUGAUAAUCAUAGAGACGUCUUCUAGCGGCACUUCUCUUCUUUCGUCUUUGUGUUCUUAUUGCACGCAGACGCCGGUUUCACACGGCCGGGGAAGCUGGGAGCCUCGCUGCGAUUUUGACAAGUGUUUGAAUGGCUUCACACGCCCUCCCCCUGUCACCCCCUCCCCACCCGCACUUUUUCCCGUUCAUGCCCUCUCCAUGGUGGCCCUCAGUUUGUGCUGUCUGCUGAGUUUUUGCCUCACGGCCUGUCAGAGCACAUGACAUGCGUCAUCUGCUGUCCUCGGGUGUCCGGGCCUUUUCGCUUUCAUGGCGCUGGGAUUAGGACCACCUCCCUGAAUAGGCUCCCGAAAUUGCUUACAUGAAGUAAAAAUCUAUCAUGUCGAGGGUCUGGAUUUAUUCAUACAUAUAUUUUUUUUUUUUUCUUAGCAUUCCGGUUUGCAAUAAGACCCCCACCCUUGCCAAGAAUACUUGAUGGUUUUAAUGUACUUUGAUGUCCUGACAGCAAGAUAUACUUAUGUGUACAUGGUCGCUUUUAUAUGUAUGACUUCUGACUAAUCUAAUGAUGUGAACGUGGUGUUUCAGCCAAUCGGGGUAUGUUUAGAUACGCAGUAGCCCUUUUAAGCAGUACUUUAAGGUGUAUGCGGGGGAGGGGGGAUAUCCGUAUUUGUUUCUCUGCCUACUUUAUUUCACUAUUGACCUUUGCAUUGCCCGGGGGCUAAAAGAUCAAGAUAAUCAAUCUUUGCAUUAGACUAUGCAGCAUUUAGAAUGUGGUUAUUUAUUCGGUGUUCUUAUUUAUUAAUUAAUUAACCUGUGUUGUUCCUACUCGGUAUGGUAAAGCGCUCGUACUUUAACUUUUUUUUUUUUGCUGAUUUCAUGAAUGUCGUGUCUGAUGGGGAUUUUCUCCCCCUAUUCCCGCUGGCGAACGUGAAGUGGUAGUUGUCGCUUUGUAUCGCGCGCGGUUUAAUAAACUCUUGACUCUUUCA